UAUUAGUCACAAUUUAUUUUAUCUCUGAUGUUUCUCUGUGCUUUUAUUGUUGAACCAUCAGAUUUAUUUUAUUCUGUUAGAACUUAGUAUGAAAAAUUAAAAAACCGGAAGUGCAGAAGCAGAAACAGCCGAAGAAGAAGAGGUCCGCCUGCUAACAGUUAGCCUGUUAGCUCCUCCGUCAUGGCGGAACUAAACAGACAGCUGCAGGAGUACCUGGCCCAGUCCAAGGGCGGCGGGGCCCGGACCAUCUCCCAGUCCAGCUCCAGCACCACGGUAGACAUGGACAACCAGGACCCGGUGACGGGGAGCUGGUUCGGGCGGUGGUCGAGCCCGUGGUCCGGGAGCCGCAGCGGCAGUCCGUCCGGCUCAAACUCCAGCGGGAGCAGCGGGUUUUCCUGGCCGUGGUCGGCCGAGCCGGACCCCUGCCUGCCGGGCAUGAGCCGCCGGCAGCGGCUGGUGGCCUGCGGGGUCUGCGUGUCGUUCUCGGCGCUGUGCUUCGGACUGUCGGCGCUCUACGCCCCGCUGCUGCUGCUCUACGCCCGCAAGUUCGCCCUGCUAUGGUCACUUGGGUCGCUGUUCGCCAUCGCGGCGGCGGCGGUUCUGCGCGGCCCCAGCCGGCUGGCCGCUGGCCUGCCCACCUCCCCCGGAGCCUUGCUCUACCUCUGCGCACUGGGCGGGACUCUAUACGCGGCGCUCAGCCUCCACAGCACCGUGUUGACGGCGCUGGGAGCCGCGCUGCAGGUCGCCGUCAUCGUCGGGUCCGUAGUGUCGCUGCUGCCCGGGGGCAGCGCCGGGAUCCGCUUCAUGGGGGGGAUGGCGGCGUCCGCCUUAAAGAGGACCGUCACCGGGAAAACCAUGCCGAUCUGACCGGUGCCCGGGCGUCCCACACCGGGCAGACCUCACUGACCCACUGCGGGGUGACACGGGGGUCAGGGGCCGCUGAGGGCCCCACAGGGACCUCUGUCGAACGGACCCUAAUCCCGAACUCUGACCUGCAGGACGGACCCUAAUCCCUGACCUGCGGGGUGGACAUAUUGCUACUGUUCAGAGGACCAAAUAAAGUUUAAUAUGUUUGAACUGUGAAACUUUUAUUUUCUCUGGUGUACUUUUAAUGUUUUUGUGUGAGUGAAGAGAUUCUUUAAUACUGUAAAUAAAAAUCUAAACAUGUCUUUAAUGUA